AUGCCGGAGGCAACCGUUACCGAGCUUCCUGAGACCUCCGACAGAACUCCCGAACGUGGUAAAACUCCCGGCAUGCACAUGGGAGUGGGACACGUUCAAAUCCCAACUAUCGUGGUGCCUUCGCCAGGUGGAACGAACCGUAUUCCACACAGCGGAGACUGGUCUGGCAAAAAGGAAGAAAUCCACCCACAAGUGAAGCGGGUGAGGGAUAUGUCCGAUUUGAAGAAGUAUAUCCUGAGCUGGGACUGGCUAGCCGUGCUGGUUCAGCCAACAAGACUCCAGGGCACCACAAGCAUCCUCACGCACAGACAGGUAGUCUAUGACAUACAAUCAAUCCCUCAACCCGACUCUUACCCCGUGAUGCUCCUCCGAGCGCAAUAUCCCGACCUCCACGACCCCAACGGCUGGAACUGCCGAGUCACAAGCGGCCGCCUCGGCAACGCCGUCGACCCUGUCUGCGGACAGUGCAUCCACGACUGCAGCAGAGGGAGAUAUCCUCAACCCGGCCUUGUUCGAUUUGCCGCCGAUGGUUUCGCACAGUCGAGUACAGCCUCCAUGGCUCAGCAGCUGCCGUCGCCAUAUACCUCUACCUGGAGCGAUACAUCACAAGCCGAGUGCACAUGCCUUGUCUGGCAGCCAGGCACGAGCAAGUGUUCAGGUUUCGAGCACCUCAAAAACAAGCCGGGCCAUUCCACCAACAAUGGCUACCGUAACUACACCCUUUCCGUCGGUGGAGGGCGCAGUCAUCAAGCGCAUAUCUCUUGGUUGUUCCUCCAACCUCACCACCACUCGGACCAGCCUCCUGAGCAACUAUCCCAACGGCAGCAACUAUCCCAACCGCAGCAACUAUCCUAUUAUCACAACGGGGCUUGGGCAAACACGCCGUUGUCUACGAGUUAUCGGGGCGGCUUGGAUGGUGCUGAAGAUAACUUGGACCUGGCUUUGUUUGAGGCGCAUCGUUCAUGGUACGCUUCUGUCAGCGAAGCCAACCCUUCUCGAUCACAAGGCUCGGGCGUGACGACCGCUCGUACAGGCUCGACAGCCAACGUCCCUAAUGGGACACACCGGUCUGCUGCGGUCUGGGAUUUGAGUGGUUACCAAGGGCGCAAUGACUCUGGAUAUUUGCCCUCGACUUCUUCCAAUGAAUCCAAUCAGGGAGCAACGGCCCCAUCUACGUCUACACAAUCCUUCGAACAACCCUACGCAGCCUUCAUGGCUCAGGUGCCGCGGACACAGACUUGGAACGCUGCACCCUCUAGUGUUGCUGCUCCAGCCCUUGACGGAAACAACGAUUCUCAAGAGAUCAAGCAGCCAUGUCCGAGGACCAAAACAACCCUCAGGUCGCCGGCGCGGGGUACGGCUUCCUUCCCCAGAAUCACGGCAUACUGA